AUGCGCAGUGCCUGGAUGGCAAUAACGAUGAUAGUGUUCUCCUAUAGUCGUAGCCUUGUUCGCGCCAACGCCGCUACGUUGACCGCGCAGAUCCGCACCAAGUACGGGAAGGCGCAGGGCCGCGUCUACGAUUUCGGCGACAACGGCAAAGUCGGAGCGUUCAUGGGGAUUCCGUACGCGCGAGCGCCGUCCGGAGAGUUUCGGUUUCAGGUGAGCGGUGAUCUUUGAAAAUUUGACUGCCAAAAGCGGAAGAUUUUUGGCAAUACGACACUUAAGCGACGUCCAAAAAUUUAUGACGACUCAUAAACGCCAUUUUUGUCAACAGGACGUACAUUUUUUUCGUUGCUGACAUUCCCCGAUAAUUGAAUACACUGCGCGUUUACGACUCUAGUCGCCUUAGCCCUAACACCUCUGUAUUAUUUUCUAAUCCAAGCGCCAUACAGUACAAACCGAUUUUUACCAAAAUAAAAUUAAAUAAAUCGCAUUAAAUCAUUCACGGGAAUGCCAAAGAAUUUUAAGUCCCGAGGAGAGAACGACAUUUCACUGCGUAUUAACCUUUCCAAUCGCGAUUUUCAGAAGCCCCGACCGCCGCGGAGCUGGCGAGGGACCAGACGGUUCACACAAUUUGGGCCUGCAUGUUAUUUUUUGGCCGAAAACAGGAAGCCACAUAUGCCACCGAUACGCUUCGACGAGGACUGCUUAUCCGUCAACGUCUUCACGCCGCUGGAUAAGGAUUUGGUGAGAAAAUGUUUCGCUGCUGUCUUGCAACACACAAAUAACAUGGAAUUCUAUUGUAAAUUCUUGCAGAAAGUCAAGUCAAAACUGCCCGUCAUGGUGUACAUCCACGGGGGCGCUUAUGUCAUGGGCUCAUCGGCCACCGUCGGCGACGAGGGGAUCGCGCGCAUUCUUGUUACAAAAAAUGUUAUUGUUAUUACUUUGAACUAUCGGACGGGUAUCUUCGGCUUCUUCACCACCGGCGACGCGAACGCGCCCGGCAAUCAGGCGCUCUGGGACAUGAAGCAGGCCCUCGAAUGGGUCAACGAGAACGUCGAGGCGUUCGGCGGCGACGUCAAGAACAUUAUGAUCUUCGGCCAGAGUGCGGGCGGGUCCGCCACGCACGCGCUGCUAAUGUCUCCGACGACGAAAGGUAAGGGCUGCGCUCGAGCAAGCAUUUCUCCGGGUUUUUUUCCGCCGAUCCUACGACCUAUACGACCUAUUUUUAGGCCUGUUCCACAAAGCGGCACCAAUGUCGGGGUCGACGGGCGAGAACGGAGUCACACAGCCCGCGCUGAUACGACAACAAAUGCUUGAUCUCGCCAAGUUCUACGGUUUCCAGCCCACGAACGAGAACUCUGCAUCGGACACCAACAAAGAGCUGCUCAAGUUCAUGCAGUCGUUGGAGCCGGAGAAGCUGGCCAUGGGAGGCGCGUUGAAUGUGAACGCGAACUACUCGGGGAACGGCCAGUUCAAGAUGGUACCCGUCUAUGACAACGACUUCUUGCCCGGCACAUUGGAAGACCUAAAGCAAGGAAUUCACGAUGUCCCGCUGUUGACGGGCAACACCGAAUUCGAAGCACUCGCCUUCUUCGGCAAGGGCAAUGUCUACGAGACGGCCAUUGCGAUGGCGACCUACUACACGAAAGGCGACAGCAUGUUGGCGAAAGCGGCGAUGGACUUUUUCGUGGACAAGUCGCUUCCGCAGGACAGCGAGGAGUUCAUGAAACAGUGUGUGUUGGUUGUGUCGGACAUUAUCUUCAACAAGGACAUUUAUCAUUUGGCGAUGAAGUCGACGGAGAAGAAGAAUCCCGUGUUCUUGUACACGUUCAAGUACUUCCGACCGACCCCAGCCACUGAACGUUAUCCCUUUCAAGGUAAGCGGAAUUUUCGGAAAAUUUCACUGUGCCCAAACGGCAGUGAAUUGCUGUAAAAUUUUUGUCAUCUUUUGUCCUCUGCAAUUGGCGAAAUUUACGUUGCUCAGGUUGGAGAUGACGUGAAACGACUCUCUAAUCUUCACGUUGCUUCUAUUUCCAGCCGAUUUUAAUCCCUGCCGUCAUUUAAAUUCAUGUAAUUUUAGGUUCCAUGCAUUGCUCAGACCUACAGUACCUCUUCGGGCUCGAUGAAAACGAAGUCUAUGAGCCGACGCCCGACGAUCAUAUCAUCUCCGAACAGCUCAGCACGUACUUUGUCAACUUUGCCAAGUACAGGUAAGUGUUUACGGAUUCAUUAAUCCAAUCAACAUGUGCUUGAGAGGCCUUGACGUUCGGAGGUCCUCAAAGCCUCAAGUUUUGCUUGAUGUCACGGUGAAUUAAUACCCAGAAUUUCGAAGAUUAAAAUUUGUAUAUUAUGUUGUGGCGGUUAUAUCACAUUGAUAUUAACGUACAGUUCCACACCUAAUCUUCCUCGAAAAUUGGGAUUUAAACGGAUUUCGAAGCGAAUGCAGGAAGUGCGUCAUGUAUUUGGCGCCUCUGGGCUAGCACAAGACAACGUUUAUAUCAUACAAUUAAGAGAUUAACCGUGAAAUUACGUUAACUCUCAUAGUUAAGCCGGUUGGAUGACAAAACCCUAACCUCGUCAUUUUCAGCGACCCCAACGGAGAGAACCAGACCGAACAGUGGGAGCCGGUCGCGCAAAACUCCUCAAUACCUCAAUACUUGUCCAUCGACGUGAACGCCACCCGUCUGCAGCCCAACUUCAUGGAGGGGCGGAUGGAGAAGUGGAAUGAGAUCGAUCAACAGGUCAAUUCGGCGCGCGCCUUCACCAAAAUGUCCACCCUGCUACUGUCGAUGUACUCGUUCAGCGGCGCGACGACGACGAUGAGGAUGUUGACCUAA